AUGCCCAGUCGCGACUAUCCGCCCUCUGCAACAAGGCAGAGGUAUCCACUAGGGGUUCUCGACCUCAGCAGGGCCGAAUUGCAAUCGCUCAUAGAAGUUCUGGAUGCAGAGCCUGAGCUAGACGUUUUUCCAUACUACACGAAGGACACCCACAUUCAAAUCCAGGAUUCCAUUAGGAAACUACCUUCCGGGCUUCACAAAAGGCGCUCAAUCCGUUCUCUACCCUGCGCCUCCAUCCCUGCCGGAACUCUAUGUACCACGCACAGACGCCUAAACCCGUACAUAAUCGGCCAUAUCUUCCGCUUGAUUAAACGAGAAGUCGAAGACCACCUAGAUCUUGUCACUAUAUGGUACUCAGGAGAUUUACUUCCUCCUGUUAGGGAGACAGUUCAAUGUCUACGAUCACUUCGGGGUAUGUGGUGCGACCCCAUCUCAGAUCAUACUCCCCCCAGUGAGACUGUUCCACGCCAACAGAACAAGUGUGAAGCGUGUAUGACUGCGUGUGUCAUUUCUAAUCCGAAAUACCUGCAAAAUCUCAGCGCAGCGCUUCGGAGCCGAACGCGGGAACGAUGUUCUGCCCGAGCUCCUCCAAAGCUUUCCCGUGUUAUCCUGGAAGCUCUGAAUCACUGGUAUGGAGGUUCGGACGAGAUGAUCUACGGCUAUGUCGUGAGAAUUUCCAGAUGUCUCAAGCAGGCCCGGAAGGAUGCAGCGCGCAAUAAACGAUCGCAUGCUCGUGAGUGUGAUCGUACUAAGUGCGCUGCCCGUCAUCUGUGCUAUUCCGCACCUGCUGAGGAAUAUGAACGUCCGUAUCUUGAUCCUCCCACUCCAGAACGCCAGCCAACAGUUGAAACAGUCCAUGUCUGUAUGCAUCCAGAGACUGUUUCGCCGCUGCGUCCAGCAAACAGGCCCAUGGAGGUGGAAGAGGACGAGGAGGCAAAAAGGCAAGAUCAACUCGUCAACGACAUCCUUAACGCCUACAAAAGCCUCUCCCCAGGUUGGAAGCGGGCUGCUGCUGCUUUGCUUCCAGCUCUCGAAGAUCCAAAUACGCCUGUAGACCACCAAUAUCAACCGUCGAAUAUCAGCCCCUCUCACCCAUCACCUUCCACGCAAUCUGACUAUGAGAGCUACCCGUAUAACACUAGCAUGGUUGAUGAUACAGAUAUUCCAGAUAGUCCUACUAACGAGCAUCUAAUGAGUCAGAUCGGAAACAUGCUCAUCGGGAAGGGGUCUCGGGCUGAGAGCGAGCAUCGCCCAUUCCAAGGGCCUGCUGAAGUUUCACCUCCCAGCUCGUACCAAAGCACCGCUGAAGCCCAUUUUGAGCCUGAAUAUAGACCGUGGCAAAACCGAUUGCUAUGGUAA